AUGUCGGCCUCGGCUACUCCAUUGCAGCCCAUCAUCGUGGACAAGGUACCCCCCGUAUCUGCCCAGCCCGUCUCGGCUACCUCGGACCCAUCGCCAACCUCAGCAGCAGCCCGUCUGACUUCGAGUGCUCAUUCGCAAAGCGCCAUGAUGGAUGCCGUCACUGCCGCUGCUGCGAUGGGAGCCCUUCCUGCCGCCAAUGGUCUCCCAGACGACCCCAUCGAAGCCUCGACCGUCUCGCGCCUAUUUCCGCAUCCACCUGCUCCCGAAUCAACCCCUUCAUCCACGCCAGCACCCCUCACAGCAGCUUCCACAUCCGUCCCCGUCUCACCACGUCCUACUUCUCCACCCCGCACUCCCGCUGUUGCCGCCAGCCUCAGGUCCCCCGCCUCGCCCUCCUCGCUCCUAGGCUCGCCUGUAACCGAGCGCGCAAACCCGUUGGCGCAUGCAGGCGUCCAUCCUGCUCACCUCGUACAUAGCCUCCAUCAACACCAACACCAUCUGUCCGACGCUUCGUCCACACUCCCGCCGCGUCCAAGCAGCAGCGGCUUCCGUUCGCCUGUUCGAGCUCGACAACAUGGAACCGCUUCGCCCGUCCCCGCAGCCGGCACUUCUCCGCCUGGUUUGGCGGCCGCUAACGCCGUCCCGUGGCACCACACCGACCUGCACACGCCCCACACUCCGCAUACCUCGCAUUCGGCGCACAGCCCAAGCAUCUUUGAGCGUGACAUUGAGCAUCGCGAUGCGAGCCACAUCAUGACCAAGCAAGAGGCCAUGGACGUAGCCAUCCCCAGCGUGCUCGACGAUGCAGUCGAGGCCAUCAUCGAGGACGACGCUGAGAUCGAAGUCGUGGCCCCACAAAACCCAGCUCCACCUCUGGCCCUCAGCUCUGCCGCUCUCUCGGUCCAUAGCGGCGCCAGCUCUCCCUCGUUUGGCUUCGCCUCGUCCGCCUCGCCUCCUCUUUCGGCCUCGGGGGUCCUCGAUGCUCCUCCUGGUACCAUGGCUGCCCAGAUCGCCGAAAAACUCGCUCCUCGAGGUACCCCUCUCGACGAUGCCAAUAGCACACCGAGACGAGCCACACACACCCCUCGUCAUCCUGGCUCUGACGUCGAUAGCGCGGGCCACUCGAUGCGUUCGCGUUCGCCGCAAGCUGCUAGAAGGCACGACCUCGUCGGCGGCGGCAGCCCCGUUCGAUCUAGGGCCUCUGCCUCUCCCGCUCCCGGUUUGUCGCCCGUCUCGCUUGUCGCUGCCGUGUCGCAGGCGCAACAUCCUCCUCCGCCUCUUGCGCCAGCAGCAAGCGGUUCUCCCAUGCCCACUGCCACUGCUUUUCCGUCGCUGCCCUUGCCCAAUCCCUUCCGCUCCAGCUCCCCCAACCUUUCGGCCAUGGCGCUUCCUUCGCUUGCUGCCGGUGCCGAUGCCGGACGUCCAGCUACCUCGAGCGUCAGCAUCGAUGGCGCCAUCAUCUCGGGCACCGAAGUGGCCACGCUCGACCACAGUCUCGAUACGAUUGCCGACGUGCUCGCAGCGCACGAUGCCGAGCAAGCCGCAAGUCCCUAUGUUCCGCGAUCCCCCGCGCCCCCGACUGUGUCGGGCACGAGCAGCCCGCAUGUGGACAAGAGUCGAAGCACAAGCGCUUCCGUAAUUCGACAGCCUCAGCAACAUCCCGGUAUGGGUGCUGCAGCUGGCGCGAACCGAGCUGCUCCUCCAGGCACACUCGGACUGCCUCCCAGUGCCAGUGGAUUGGGCGUCUUCAACACAGGGGAAUCUCUCUUCCAAGCUCUUGCCUCGGGCUCCCCUUCGCCUUCCGCCGACAAGCGCAGACUCUCGUUCUUUUCGUAUGCCGACAUUCUCAACGAGAACAAGGGCGAAGUGAUGGACUUUGAGGGUGUAGUCCGACACGCUGCCGAACGCGAUGAACAGCAGCACGGCCUCUUUCACCCCCAUGCCCACGCGCAUGGCUCCACGUACGCUCAUAGCGCAGAGGCAGGAAAUUCAUACGAGACAUCCCUGUCGCAACCUUCCAUCAUGCAGCAGCUAGGAGGAGCAGGAAUGGCUAGAUCCGUCAGCAGCAGUGCAGCUGCCAGCCCGCGCGUAGGAUCCGUGCCCGGAGCAAGGUCGACCAGCGGCAACUCGAGCGUCGGAGCUAGCGCAUCCGGCGUCUACAAUCCUGCCCGGAUCGCACUCAGCAAUCGAUUGGACUCGUUGCAUUUGGCAACAAGCAAUGCAGCCACCGCCGCCGCUGAAGCAAAGGCUCGGAAGGCGGCUUAG